GUUUUAUUUUGUAAUUAUUUUGGAUUAUAUAUAUAUAUAUAUAUAUAGUAUACAUUUAUCCCCUUUUAGUGUUAUGACGGGGAUACAAUAACACGUUGUUUGUCUAAAGGCUUUACCGUAAAGUUCUCAGAGGGGCCGCAGACGGAGCAGCGUGGAGUCAUGGAGGAGGAGACGGCGGAGACACCCGAGGAGCAGCUGGCGAAGCAGCACCGCAAGGAAAAGAAAGAUGCUCAAGCUAAAAUCCAGAGCAUGAAAAAUGCAAUCCCCAAAACUGACAAGAAAAGGAGGAAACAGUUGACAGAGGAAAUUGCAAAAAUUGAGACGGACCUGAACCAGAAACAUGACGAAGAAUUGAGGCAACUCAAAUCCACAACCAACACAGAGGUAGAGGCGUUAAAUGGAGUGGAGAGGAUGAAGAUAGCUGAUGGCGAUGAACAAGAGGAGGGGAAACAACCACGUGUAACCAAGGCCCAGAAAAGAAGGGACAAGAAGGCUGCCGAGGAGAAGGAGAGGGAGAGCAGGAUAGCAGAGGCCGAGGUACAAAACCUGCAGGGUGUGAGGCACCAGGAGGCUUUAAAGCUGGCCCAGAAACUCGCUCAGCGCCGGCUUCAGAUCAAAGAGAUCUCCUCUGAUGGCCACUGCAUGUAUCGUGCCAUUGAGGAUCAGCUGGUAAAGCGUGCAGAGCCCGGAUCAAUCACUAGUGUGGAAGAACUGCGGUCCAGCACUGCUGAGCGCAUGAGAGGCAAUGCGGACGACUUCCUCCCUUUCCUCACCAACCCAAACACCGGUGACAUGUACACAACCGAUGAGUUUGACAAAUACUGCAGUGACGUGGAGCACACGGCAGCUUGGGGCGGACAACUUGAAUUGCGAGCUUUGACCCAAGUGCUUCAGCUGCCAGUGGAAGUGAUCCAGGCUGACUCCGCAACCAUAAAAAUCGGGGAGGAAUUUGAUAGAGAACCCAUCACCCUUGUCUACAUGCGUCAUGCAUACGGACUAGGAGAGCACUACAAUUCUGUGGAGGGGCUGAAGGAGCCGCUCAGCGCAGAGGAGAGCUGAGAGGCCGCUCCGUCGUGGUGACACAUUAACCAAUGUGUGUUCUAAGAGUCCUUCCAUACAAACGUACUUGGAGAGGCCCCUCCAUUGAAUACAAGCUGGAUUAAUAGAGAAUAUUGCUGUUUUCUGAGUGGCUACAACACAGAAUGGUGUGUGUAGAAUUCAAAAGCUGUCAACGAGGAGUGUAAUGAAAUGCAGUAUCAAUGUGUCAAUGAUUUUAUUUUAUUAAGCCUACCUAUGACAUCAGGUGUCACUCUUUAAUCUCGUUGCUGAACAGAUGUUGAUCAUUUAUGUCACCCCAAAUGUCAACAGUCACUGAGGGUUUGUUGAAUCCUUCAAUGUUCUUGGAAUAAACGCAAUUGUGAUGUUACAUAAACACAUACAAUACUAAUACGUUAUGUCAAUGCGGUAUUUUUGGGGGUGAAGUAUAAAAAGUUGUUGUAAUCGGAUUUUGUUAUCAGACUGUUGAAGCUGCCUAUUUGGUUCCUUUAACUUAACAUGAUCAUAUGGCAUCAAUUAAUUCUUAGGUGUUUAUCAACAAUUAUCGGUACAUAUCGAGUUAUUUUAUUAUAAAUGGAUAUGACAUUUUACCACAGAUGGUGUCUCUCUCUCUCUCAGGCCAAUUCAAGUUGUCAGUUUAAUGAAAUUAGUUUAAAACAGUCAUUUCUACCAUGAUUAAAAACAACACACAACACGGCCAACAGAAACUCAUGACUUAUAUCAUUGUAUACUGUUUCUAAUGUAUCUAUUAAAUAUAUAAAGUAUUUAUUUAUUUGACAAAUGUAAUUGCCAGUUAUUUUUUCAAUGCACUAUACUGCAGUCAUUUAAGAAAUCUAUUGUUUAAUUGCA